GCGGAGGCGGGUCGGCAGCCGAAAGCCGGGUAGUCUGAGGGGGCUGCGUGUUUCCGGAGGACGUGGCGGACAGGCUGCUGAGGCGGCUGCGGCUCCUUCUCUUCAGUUCUUUGUCCGGCUGGCGCGGCGGCUCUUACCGACAUCAUGAUUUCCCUCACGGAUACACAGAAAAUUGGGAUGGGUCUUACAGGUUUUGGAGUAUUUUUUCUUUUCUUUGGAAUGAUCCUAUUUUUCGACAAAGCACUAUUAGCUAUUGGAAAUGUUUUAUUUGUGGCUGGCCUGGCUUUUGUAAUUGGUUUAGAACGAACUUUCAGAUUCUUUUUCCAGAAACACAAACUGAAAGCCACAGGUUUCUUCUUGGGUGGUGUAUUUAUAGUUCUCAUUGGCUGGCCUCUGAUAGGAAUGGUCUUUGAAAUUUAUGGCUUCUUCCUUUUAUUCAGGGGCUUUUUCCCUGUGGUGAUCGGUUUUAUUAGAAGAGUGCCAGUUCUGGGGUAUCUGUUGAAUUUACCUGGUAUAAGAUCACUUGUAGAUAAAGCUGGAGAAAGCAACAACAUGGUAUAAUGAUUGACAAAGGUCCUGAAGACUGGUUCUAAAUUUAUAUUAUUUAUAAAACCUUCAUGAAGAUCGGUCAGUCCAGCACAACGAUUUUGUUGUAUACGAAGGCAACAUUUGUAAUGGUCUUUGAAGUAAGUUUCCAAUUUACACCAUAGUAUACAGUAAACCUAUUUAAUAUAUAAAAAGAAAAGAAAACCAGAAGCAAAUUUGCAACCUAAGACUUGGCAUUGAUGUACCAGGAAUGCUGUGAACUCAACUGGCGAAAAAGUCAUGGAAUGUUAGAACUCUUCAAGACUUCUUCACAUUUUUUUUGGAGUACAAGCUAAAUGCAGCAAACUCUCUUUGGAAUUAACAGUGCCUGUCAUUUUUACCUCCUUACGUCGGAAGGUGUAAUAGAGUGGUCAUGGGUCAGUUGGUAAGGCGUGGCCCUUCUCUCUUCCUGUCUGCCAAAUUUCCUACUUCCUCCCCUUUUUUGGAAGGAAAAAAAUAUUAUCCCAACUGUUUUCUUCUAUUGAAAGUGAGACAGCUUCCUUACGCUUGAUUGACACAGCGUUUGAAAUGAAUUCUUGUUUUUAACAGUAGCAGAAGAUUUCAUCACAUGGUUCAGCUGUAUAAAUCUCUGUAAAUAGAUGCUGAAAUAAAUCUUUGUAGGAAAAUGUUUCAAGCCAAAUGUAAAUUUUCAUUACCUACAUCUUUUACCUUUGGAAUAUGCAAAAAUAAUAAUUUUUUUUUUUUUUUGUGUACGGAACUGUACAAAACUGAGUUAAACCAUUCCUGGAUUCUUUAAAUGUUUGAUUUGGCAGGGAAUGUGGAAACCAAUUUUACACUCCUUUUUACUGGUUCUCUUUAUCCCAAUUACUGGUAAGUGUUGGAAGCAAGAAGUAAUAUUUUUCUCAUUGAAUAAACUAUGUGCACAUAAUAUGUAGCUUCAUAGUGAGUUGCUUUGCUUCAUGAUGUUCACACAGUUUAUGAAACUCGAGUUGCCUAGCUCGCAAAUUUGUGCAAAGGCAUUUCAAUCCCGAAUCUUUUUUUUUUAAAAAAAAAGGUUAUUGGUAGCCAACAUAUAAAGUCCUAAAGCAUGAAGCAUCAUGUUUUGUUUACUGGCAAUAUCUGAGAUCCAGGAGCUAGAUUUAAAGGACUGAGCUUAAGCUCCCCACUCUUAUUCUGAGGGAGCAUCUUACAAAGCUAACUUAUUGUGUAAAUAACUUUUCUAACCAUCAAACAAAUCCAUCAGUUUACUGGGAAGUCUUGGGAAAUCAUAUUGGCAGCCUUGAUCAAGUGGCACAUUAAUUUGUUAUACUUUGACUAUGGGAAACAAUUCUUAUUGUUACAAAUGACAAGAUUCAGAACUUUUAUGGACAUUGAACUGAACUGGCAGAAGAGGACAUGUGAAUGACUUUAAGCAAUAGGAAAAUCACAUUGUUCCUUUUUCGGCCCCUUCUUGCAGUGGCUGUUGCUCACAAAUUUGUCCUGACGUUACUUUUGUUGAAGCAAGCAUGUUAAUGCAAAGAUUAUUGAUUUCUUUAAAUCUGAGUGGUUCAAUCAGCCAGACAAAUACCUUGGAGUGAAUAAACACUAGUUACUAAUACCCAAGGACGGGAACUAUUUUGUUCUUUAACUUAGUGCCCUAAGUGAUUCUUUAAAAGAACUUUGAUGAGACGAAUCGAUUUUGUAAAUCUGUGAAAAUCAUUUUUAAAUUGGCUCUUCAAGAGACAUUUCCCUGUGAGCUUCCACGUUGUAGAGGAGUUAAUAAAAAAAAAUAUUACCAUUAAGGAUCAUUCUGAUCCCAAAAUAGAACACUCCAAUUUUGAAACAAAUGGUCCUUGUGUUCUGGUGUAGUCUGAUACAAAAUGGGCCUGCUAUGACGUUGGACCGCAUCCAAAAACAUUCGGAACAUCCUGUCCCAGAGUUGCAGUACUAUAUGAUGGAACAAUUGACACGCUCCUGUUCCAUUUCUUUGAUUUCCUUUUGGGAGAAGUAUCCCUUAAGAAAGGAUGUUUUUCCCCCCUCUAAACCAAAGUUUCCCAACCUUUCGGGCUUUGUGGACCAACUGGCAGGGGGGAGGGGAUGGUUCUGUUCAAGUGCAUGAACGUGCACAGAUCCAUUUGCACGAGUGGCUGGCAAACACAUCUGCUGCUCGCACAAAUGGAACGUGUGCGCCCACGUUUCCCGCGGCGCAUGUAAGUGAGGCUUCCUCGUGCGCGCUUGCCUACCACUUCCACUGCCCAGUUCUGAAGGGAUCAGGGCCCGAUAGUGGGCCACGGCGCGGGGAUUGGGCAAUCCUGUUCUAGGCAGUUGGUUGUUUUCAGCCUUAAAAUAGAUGUAAGUGAUCUAAUUGUCCCUACAACACUAGUAACAUGGGGUAUUGUUUUAUAUUGCAGACUCUGUCUCUAAUUAUUUUAAAUAGAAUCCUGUUGAGUUGAGUAGGCCAUGGUCAAAACAUAAACCCUAAACAUCUUUGCUGUGUAUGUUCUAGUUCUCAUUUGAUAUUUUGGCUGUAGAAAAGAAUUGUUAACUGACUCUCAUAUUUUAAACCAUUUCAGUUGUAGUUUUUGGGCUGGGAGAGAUGAUUAAGAUUUGGAGCAAAGCACACGUCCUUUUUAGAGCUGUAAAUUUGGAUUCCAUCAGAUGUUUGGCAACCUCAGGAGUCUUUCCAGAAGGAUCAGACUGCCAGAUUACCUUCCUUAGAUUUUACAAUGAGUCUCAUUUGAGUAUUGAGUCUCCCAACAAAACACUACCCAAGUAAGGAAGAUUCCUAACACAAUAGGAAUCAAAAUCUUCCUAUUUCUGUUUCUUUUCCAUGUUGUGAAGGUAGCAGAGGAAAACAUUGCUUCCAGUCAUUUCAGGGCAUAAUGUCAUCAAAACAUUAUCAGAUACCCAUCGUUUAAUUCAUCAUACCCAUGUGACAUUCUGGUUAAGUUGUAAUUUACUGAAAUGUAGGAGAGACGUUGGUUAAAUAACAAACAUAGUGUCAUGGUGCUCUAGAAAAUAAAGCGAAGACAAUUUGCUUCUUACACUGUCCACUUUGGAUGGCAUCUUUUCACUUUUCUGAGAUUCACAUUAAAAUUCAAAACACUUUAAAAAAAUUCAAGGGGGUAAUUUUUAAGUCAGCAGAGUGCAAUCUAAUACCACUACUGCUCUAUUGUCUUGCUAGACACUCCUAGAAACCCUCUAGAGUUGGUUAUGAACCAAUGGAAGGUUGUAAAGUGGUAGUAGAUUUCACUUUCACUGCUUUUUCACAAAAAAGGAAGGAUCCGGAGAACUCUAUUCGAUUUAAACUAGUUUGCUGUCUUGUGCAGUUUAAAACAUACUAUUAUGUUUACGUUCAGGCAGCCAGCGAGGAAAAUAUAAUCCUUGCAACUUCUAAGAUCUUAUCCCAAUGAUGGCGAACCUUUUCGGCUCCGCGCCCAAAC